GGCUGGCAUUGGGUUAAAACAUAUGUAGACUACAGCUGCAGAAAUGCCUGAAUUUGGUCAAAACGCAUCAGUCAAGAUGUUCAAUGUUCGCUUUUCAAAUGCCGUCACAUCUGUGUUAUUGGAUACCAAUGAGCAGACCUGGGAGACAGUUCAAGGGAAACCUGAGUCUGAGCUACCUAUGCUGAUAAACCAACGAGUUCUCUUCUUGGAUUCAGCUCAGCAGAUGCACAAGGAGAUCCCUGGUCAGGUCCUUAAUCUGGAAGAUCUUGAAGAACUGCACUUAGAAAAUAACCAGAUUGAAACCAUUCCUAAGGAAAUCUACCAUCUCCAUAAUAUCAAAGUCCUUUACUUGAAUAAUAAUAAUAUUACUCAGAUUUGUAACGAGCUUGGAGAGCUAAAAAUGCUCCAGAGCUUGGACCUUAGUGAUAACCCACUUGACUGGAGCUCCCUGGAGAUCAUAAGUAGACUGCAUCAGCUUCGGGAGUUGAGACUGUAUAAUAUAAACCUUCAUGAAUUUCCAGUUCUGAUCUGCAAAAAACUCCAUCAUUUGCACCUACUGGGCCUCUCCAACAACAGCCUUAAAUCUCUCCCAUCAGAAGUAGUUAAUUUAACACAUCUUAAAGAAAUGUAUUUGCGGAAUAAUACCUUUGACCUAUUUCCAAAGCAGAUCUGUGUAAUUCAAAGCCUAGAAAUUGUUGACCUUGAAAACAAUAAACUGACCACUAUACCUGAAGAAAUUUGCUCUUUAUCUAAUCUUAUUAAGCUGUUUAUCAGUGUAAAUCAUCUUUCAUUUAUUCCAAAGACUCUCAGUCAGUGCACAAAGUUGGAAGUUCUGGAUGCUUCUGGCAAUCAUCUUCACAAGUUUCCUCAUUCCCUUAAAGAGUUAGGAGACCUGAAUGAACUUGGACUGUCAAACAAUAGCUUGGAAAAAUUACCUUCUACAAUAACUAAAUUACAUUCUCUCUGUGUCCUCUAUCUGAAAAACACGGGCUUGUCCAUGUUACCUGCUGGAUUUGCAAAGCUGGAAUCUCUCAAGAUACUAGACCUUAGUCAAAACCAUUUUACUGAAUUCCCUACGGUGAUCUGCUCUCUAAAGCAUCUUCAAGUUCUUUCACUAGAUGACAACUUAAUGAGCUCGAUUACACCACAAGUAAAAUCGCUACAAAACCUGACCCAUUUGGGAAUGACUGGAAAUAGGUUUCCCGUUUUCCCAGAGGAGAUCUUUGGGCUGGAAUCCUUGGAAAAAUUGUACAUUGGACAGGAUCAUGGCACUCAACUUACCAACUUACCAGACAACAUAUGGAUGCUCACGAAUCUGAAAGAACUGUACAUUGAAAACAACAGUCUGGAGUCUCUUCCAGCCACACUGGAUCAGCUAAAGAACCUCGAGGUUCUGGAUUGCCACAGUAACCAUCUAAAGCAACUACCUGAUUCAGUCUGCAAAAUCCACGGGUUGCAAAAGCUGCUUCUUCAAAACAACCAACUGUCUACUCUGCCAGACAAUCUGGACAUGUUACAAACACUUGAUCUGCUUGUACUGGAGAGGAAUCCUAUGACGGACCCACCAGUGGAGAUAUGCAGCCAGGGAAAAGCUGCUGUGUGGACAUAUCUUAAAGAAAAGAGGCACAGAAAUCAGAUGGCAACAAAGAUUCAAGCGUGGUGGCGUGGGAUCAUGGUACGGAAAGGUCUUGGACCCUAUGCUUACCUGCUUCAGAUCUGGAAAAAAGGCAAAUCAAAAAAGGCUAAGAAAGCGAAGGGAAAAGGCAAGAAACGUGUUGUAAAAGGGAAAAAGAAGUAACACUGUGUUGCUAUCUAACAUAAAAUAGAGAUCAUUUUGUUGUUACGAAAGCAU